AUGGUAAACUUUACAAAUGAAGAAUAUAAUAAACUUCUGGAGGCAAUAAACCAGUCAGCAAGCAAAACUAGUACUGAAAUUAGGGAAUAUAUAAAGAGUGAACAUGAAAAACUGUUCGAUUCCUUAAAUGAACAACAGAAGAACAUACAGGUAUUACAGAACCGUUGUGCUAGUUUGGAGAAUCAAGUGUUAGUUCUUGAAAGAAGAUUGAGAAAGAAUAAUAUUAUUAUUUAUGGAUUAGAAAUACCAAAAGAAAAUGAAAACUUGGUCACAAAAGUCAGUACUUUUUUUAAAAACGUUCUCAACGUAGACACACAGGAAAACGACUUCAAUAAUGUGUUUGCACUAAGUAAGAACACUGAGCAAAACAGUAAGUCCUAUCCGAUCAAGGUGGAAUUUGAUCUUUGUGUGCAGGAUAGGCAGGAACAUAAGAUUUUGCAACAGCAUUUAAAGUUGGCAAGAGGAAAAAAUCAAAAUGCGAAAAUUGUAAGAGGCAAUCGUUUAGUGAUAAACGGAGAUAUAUAUACAGCUAAGGACUUGCAAGAAAUUGAGGAAGAUGCUUCGGCUGAGCAGAAGUCCAAUAGUGUACCUAAUACGCCCUCCAUACCUUUGGAUGCCGUCAAUAAAUUUUUUGAAGAAAACUAUCAGGAAGUAAAAGAAACAAUAGUUGGACAAAAACAGGAAAUACUAAGAAAUACUACACAAGAAGUUAAGAAGAGGGAUAGGGACAGUAUUGGCCGAGAGCAAAGCUCAAAGGACUUAAAAAAACUUAAGGAUAAUUUUGACAGGCUCAUUAGAUGGUUUGUUAACUUUGACCCAGUGCUAAAUAAAAAUGAAGGCGUCUUGUCGCCUCCGCUUAAACUGUUUGUUGGAGGUCUCUCGUGGGAAACGACCCAGGACAAUUUACAAAGAUAUUUUUCACGUUAUGGCGAGGUCAUCGAUUGUGUUGUUAUGAAAAAUGCAGAAUCGGGCAGGUCCAGAGGUUUCGGCUUUGUCACGUUUGCAGAUCCAGCUAACGUCAAUAUGGUGUUGCAAAACGGACCUCACACACUUGACGGAAGAACCAUUGAUCCAAAACCUUGUAACCCAAGGACUCUACAAAAACCCAAAAAAGGUGGUGGCUACCCAAAAGUUUUCUUGGGUGGUUUGCCUUCCAAUGUUACUGAAACCGAUUUGAGAUCUUUCUUUACUAGAUUCGGGAAGGUUAUGGAGGUGGUUAUUAUGUAUGACCAAGAAAAGAAAAAAUCCCGCGGUUUUGGCUUUUUAUCAUUCGAAGACGAAGAUUCAGUUGACAGAUGUGUGUCUGAGCAUUUUGUAAACCUAAAUGGCAAACAGGUCGAAAUCAAAAAAGCUGAACCCAGAGACGGCUCCGGCGGUAACAAAAUGGGCGGCAACGACGGCAACUCCGCAUGGGGACCGCCCCAAGCCCCCAUGGGCAUGAUGCAGGGCCCCAACGGGCAAAUGGGCGGCCCGCCGAUGAACAUGGGCGCCCCGAUGGGUCCGAAUAUGAACCAAGGCUACUUGGGCUGGGGCACGUCGCCUCAGCAGCAGUACAACGCGGGGUACGGCACUCCUUCCGGACCUGGAUCUUAUCAGGGCUGGGGCGCUCCACCGGCUCCUCAAGGCCCGCCGCCGCAGUGGGGCAACAGCUACGGAGGUCCGCCCACUCAGCAAGGCUACGGAUCUUACGGAGUUACAGAGAACAAAAAACAAGAAGAUUGGUUCUUAGAAAAUUUGCAGCAAAUAAAGAGCAUCUUGGACACAAAACACAAUGCGUUUCAAUUAGUCCAAAACAAUCCCAACAAUAUUAACAUACAAAGAAAAUAUGAAGAUGUGAAACAGUCAAUUCAAAAAGAGAUUAGGCAAAUUAAAAACAAGUGGUGGACUGACAAGGCAAAACAAAUCCAAGGAUAUGCUGAUCAGCACGAACAAAAAAACUUCUUUGAUUAUGUCAAGAAAGUCUACUGUGUUAGGCACCGAAAAGCUUCCCCACUUAAGGAUGAUAAUGGCAACUUAAUAAAAGAUAAAUGGAAAAAACAUUAUACAGCCGUUCUAAAACAACACUCUACAACUGAUGACACAGCCAUUAACUUAAUACCGCAGUAUAGACAUGAAGAAAUUCAAAAAGCAAUUAACAGCCUAAAAAACAAUAAAGCUUCAGGCUACGUGGCUAGCGACGUUUACUCGCGAGGCGGUCAAUCAGCCGGAGGUACGCCGUCGGGUCCGCCCGGAACCGCACCCAACGCCGGUACCACUUCCAAGCCAGGCUCAGACUACGGUCCCGCUUCGUACGGAUCGGCCUACGGCUCGUAUUCAGACUAUUCGGCCAGAUCCACCGCUCCUUAUGGCGCUGCCGAUUCGACCGGAGGCUACUCGAGCCAACCCCCGCAAGGUGCGGCAAAGCAUUUCGCUGAUUUUAAGGAGUGGCCGGCGUCAUGACAACCUAUUGAUGGUCCUCCUCAUCAGGGUGCCGCUCCACAUCAGACGGUACCCGGCGCCGCUGGUAUGGCCGUCAGGACCGUUUCAGCGGCCGUUGUCGAGCUAUCUCACUGACUGCAAAAUGUCGUGGUUAAACACAAUUAAAUCCGGAGAAAAUUUGAAAUUAAAAGCGUCAUCUUUUAAAAUAUCAUAAAUUUAUACACUUUUUAUUUUGGAAACUGGUUCUUGGUCCAAAUAUAAACAUAACUAUUUUGUGACCUAAUAUUACAGAUAGAUGAAAUUAAAAACUAAAAUAGGGGGUUGACAACAUCUUACCACUACAAUAUCAAAUUUAGUCCUGUGAAUAUUUUUUUCUUUUUCUAACACUGGUAUUAGGUUUGCAAACACUGUCCAGAUUACAAACAUAUAAGAUCUGUUCGUGUCAGUGAGAAAUAAAUUGUGGUUCUCCUAAUUGAAAAUUUAAUUCUUUAAUCCUGUCAACAUAACAAAGAGUAUGAUAUGAUUACGUACUAAGUACUUAUUUGACUCUGUGCCAGUUUCCAUAAGAAAGGUGUACUCGUUUGAAAAAUGACACUGAAACUAAUUUCCGGGUUUUGUUUAGUCCACCACUUCUUAGAGUAAUUUUGCCACUCAUUGAGUCAGCUCUACAACAUAACACCCAUAUUACUAACAAGAGAAUAAACCAGUAAGUUUUUCUCAAACAAAAAUAUUUAAUCAGAAUUUAGGGGUAUUAGUGUUGUUGUGUAACAUUAUAAUUAAUUGGUAUAAGUAAGUAAGAAAACAAAUGCUAUCUAUAUUAACGACGGCGGACAAAAGAAUUAAAAUACACACGCCGGGUCACGUGGUCCACACACACACAAACACGAGAGCAAGCUUUCUAAGGCGACUGUCGGACAGACAAAAGUGGCGCCCCCUUAUCCAUUUACUGCCGCGUUGACUAUUUUUAAGUAUUAUUAGAUGUCUGACUAUUUAAAUCUUGUAGCAUUGUCACCUUUAAAUCCUACUUAGAAAGACAAAAUAAGAACUAGAACAUUAAAGGAAGAAUAAUAUUUACUCUGGUACAAGACUAGUGUAAACAAAAAAAAAUAUUAAUUCACUGAAAACAUUGGGGGUCUUUAUGGCAAAAUGUUACAACAUUUAAAGCACGUCUCGUACAGUUCACAAAAAGAAAACGUACCUAACUUGUUAAAGUAAUUUUUAUAAGUACUAAUAAUUAUAUUUAAUGAUUUAGACAGAGAGAAAUAUUUAAAAAAAAAAACAAAUCGAAAAUACCUCAUAUCUUAUUGACUAUUUAAUUAUUAUUAUUAUUAAAUGUUUAACGGUAAUAUAAGAUAUGUGUUGUUGAAUGGCCUUAUACGAAUUUGUCUAAGAUAAUAAGUUUUCUUGGACAAAUAUGCGUAUAUUUCUAUCAAUGACUGAUUUAAUGAAAUAUUUUUUUAGUUCCAAUACUGAAACAAAUAAGUAACAUUCUUGUUUGGAAACUGAAAAACAUUUUUUCUUAAAUCAGCAUUUUAGAUAUUUUUUGAAUGGCUAAGAGUCGGACUAUCGGUAUCAUAUUAUUUUCAUUUUAGUAUACUAUCCCACCCUUCCUUUUUAUAUGUGAUUCUUAUAGAUUUAGUAAGUUGGUUUUAAUUAUUAUUAUAGGCUUACUAUUUAUAACAGAAAUGCAUUUCUUAUUUUAAAUCUUAGCGUAAGAAACUUUUAUUUUUGCUUGAAAAUUUUCUUUUUUUUUUUUUUAAUGGAAAAUUUUAAUUUUAAUUGAAACCCAUAGUUAGUGUUUAUGCCUUAAGAGAGACAUUUUUAAAUAUUUUUGUGCGAUUAUUUAUUUUAGUAUAUCCCCCCCAAAGUCUAGUCUUUUUUAAUUUUUCAAAAAAUAGUAUCAGAGUAUUGUAAAUAAAUAAUUCUUAUUAGGUAAUAAAUAUAAGGUAUCUAUAAUAUGAAACCGUAUAGUCCAAUUCUAACAAUUAUUAAUCGAUUAAAUUUGAUUAAGAAUUUUUGUAAAUAAUAAAUAGUGCACAACCACGUCAUGAUUUUUUUUAAGGUAAACAGUAGCUCUUUAGGAUUUAUCGUAUUCGAUUAUUUUAGAUCUGGGGCUGUAACUAUAAAUAUGCUAUAGAGUAUUUUUCUUUGUUUUGUUACUGUUUUUUAAUGGUUAAGUAUUAGAGCGCUCUCUAGCGUCUGCCAGUUUAAAUUCAAUCCUGCUCUUCUUUUUUUUUUUUGGAUUUAAAUUGGGGUUUCACGACUGAAUCGGAGAGUGCAUUAAAAGAAAAAAAACGACUGAAAUAAAAUAAUAUCUACAAUUUACUUAAAUUGAAUAUUUAACUAUAUAAAUAAUAAUAAUAAUAGCUAAUUGUUGUUUUUUUUUUUUGUCAUUUUUUAAUUUACAUUUUAUUAAAUUUCUAUUUAUUGUAUCUAAGUUUAGUUUAGAAGACUUAAAAUCCGAUUUUAGCGUAAUUUAUUGUUAAUUACCUUCUAAAUAAAUAAAAAAAAGUAAUUGUAAUAGGCAAAAAUAAAAUAAUUUAAUAAAAAAAAAAUAAGAACGCGGACUAUGUGGUUGUGAUCUAUAUUAUAUAUUUAAAAUUUACCUAAAUAAAUACAUAGAUUCUUCUUAUUCUAAAUUAGAAAACGCAUAAAGUCAAUAAUUUUUAAGUUAGAAUUUUUAAUUCUAACAAAAUUUAUGUGUACGUUAUUAGUAAGCAAGUUAUUAAGGAAAUAAGAAUUAAAUGGGGGACGUCCGAUGUUUUGUCUGUUUGUGUGUCGUAGUUUUUCUUUUUUUUUAAGUUAAAUAUUCAAACAACUCUACACAAUUGUAACAAUUUGUCAUAAUUAUUAAUUUGAUUAGGUGGGGACUUGAGAAUGCUACUUUUGACGUUUAUUUUAAUAAAUUUGUGGAUUUUUGUAUUUAUUUAGUUUAUGAUAAUAUUCAAUGUCUAUCCAGACACAAUAUCUAGCUAUAGAAGACAAUUUCUAUAGUAUAUUUUUCUCUCUAGAUUUCAAGAAAAUUUGGCAACGUCAUACAAACAGUUUAUCAUGGGUAAUAUUGGCGCCAAAAUAUUUUCCCUAGUUUCAAGGAAAUGUAAAGUUGCACUGUCACAUGUGCGCCAUCAAAUUCAAGUUAAAAUUUUAUUUAGCAUUUACAAUAAGUACUUAAUUCUACUGAAAGAAGUCAAAAGAAAAUUACCUAGCGGAAAUACAAUGUUCCAAAAAAUCAGUGUCCUAUAAUGUUGAACACAAGAUGGCGGAAUUAAUAAAAGAUGAAUCCUAUAAGACAUUGUUUAACUUAUACUACAUUUGAGAAAGAGAGAGAGCGAUAAACCCUAAUCAAAGUUGGCUAAUUAGCUUAUGUUGACAUGAAUAUUUUUUUUACUGAUAAACAGCAGUAUUUCGUAUACUCUCCAAACAAAAAGUCGCAAAAUAGUUCAUCUUUCAACGCGCUUAUGUCAAAGACUGUAAUACCUACAAGAUUUUGUCCCAUUUAAAAGUUGUUAGGAAUUAAAUCCUCUACAACAUAUCAAAAAAUGGGCAAAAUACAUAGAGCCCAAAAACCCUAUGUGUUAGCCUUUGGAAAGUGCCCAAUUUCACGAAUUCAAAGAACGAAUGGAAUUUACUUACUUUCCAAAUACUCUAGAUUUAAAUGUAUUUUUUGAUUCAGUAUAUUUCUGUCGAAUUUGUCUUUUUCAAUUUAACCAUACCGAAUGAAAUAUUUCAAUUAAUAUUUACUGCGACGUCUAUGGAAGGAGCCUUCAAAAAUGAUUUGUUACUCUCUGUCUUUUUCAAAUGCCCUAUAGCCGAAAAUCUUCCAUAUGAAUCGUCAAACCAAUGUUAUACAUAAAUAUCUAUCACAUUUUGAUAAAACAUCAUUCGUUAACUUUCUAUAUAAUGGAGAAUUAAUAUCAUAGUUAGCUCUGUGAAAAUCAACAUUACACAGAAUCCUAUUUCUGACAUUCAUUGGGGAAACAGCAAUGCCAAUAGCCAUUAUCCAUUGAGUAAUGUCAUUCAUAUUUUUCCAGAUUUCAGAGAUGUAAUUUUACAAAGGGCUAAAAAAUUCCUAAAUAAGAGCUCAUUUCAAUAUCCAUUAUGUCCGAUUUUGUGUGUGAAAUCCUUGUACAACUGUCACAAUUUGUUAAAAUAAAGCCGUCAAAAGUCGAUUUUAGUCCCGAUCAAAUACUAUAUUAAUCCGAAAAUUAUUUGUUCAGUGUGACAAUCUUUUAAGCAAAACGGUUUGCACAUUAUAGUAUUGAACUGUUGAAAAAAAAAUAUAUAUCGUUUAUUAUAGGAAAUUCUGGUUGAAGUUAGACCAAAAAUAAAUUUGUGGGAAAGUAUUAAAAAAUUUAUUUCUUUCCGGCAAACAGGCCCGGAUAUUUUCCCCGUUCUCUUCUUUCUUAUGUGGUGGAGGGAUUGAAACCAAAAUUUGUUGUAAAUACUAUACAUGUUUAAAUAGAGAAUUACACGAGAAAUAUUAUAAGAUAUUAUAUGCACUUAUUGCUCACUUUACUCUUGCUCUAUCAAGUCUUUGAGUCUAGUUGAAAGUUGGGGCGUGUCACACUUUAAAGGAUAUUUUUGGGGCUAAGUUCUUUAAAAUGAAUUUAAUAGAAUAAAAUAAAACAGAACACACGAAUAUAUCAAUAUACAUUUAAUUAAAAAAAAUUAAAGAAAGCAUUUCACUUAAUAUUAAUUAAAGAAAGGAACUGUGUAUUCUAAUUUAUUAAUUUAAAAUAGUUAGAUUUUAGACUUAACUGAUUUGAGUGUACCUACUUUAUAAUUAAUUACAAAAUAGUUAUCAUUGACCUGUUAGUUAUAAAUAAAUUGGAUUAAAUUUAAACUAUAGUUAAAGGAAAAACUAAAAAUUAGACCAAAUCGACUGAUGUACAGAGAAUAUAACUAAGUUUUUAAAUUUAACGAUUGAAGAAACAAUACAAAAAUUAGGGCCUUCUUAUUAAAAAAAAAAGUAUUUAUAGUGCAAUUCCUCAUUAAUUAAUUAAUUAAUUUAAAGAAAAACUUAUAGCGAAAUAGUUGAUUGUUGUGUAUAAGUUUAAAAAAAACUAUUUUUAGAGAAUAUUGCCCUGACCUGACUCCAUUUUUUUUAAUUAAAAUUAAGAAUGCAAAGAUGGACUGUCUUAAAAUACCGUUAGUUUUUAAAGAAAUGCAUUUUUCUUCGUAUAAUUAUGUGGAGAAUUAAAUAAAAGCUCUACUCUUAAAAAAAAAUCUGCUGCUGUGUUUUAUUUCUAUAUUAUCUUCUAGUUUUACCCUAAAAAUAAUUUUUUUUAGAUAUAAGGGUGCUAGUUUCUAUCAUUUACGUCACCAAUAAAAUCAAAAUAGGAAUAAAUAAUGUAGUUCAUUAAGACUAUAGUAUAAUUUUAAGAGUAAGACUCAAAAAAACUACAAUGUGAUCGACCAGGUUUUCAUUAAAAUAAUAAUGAUAAUGAUAAUUUAAGCUUUAGAGGUAAUUUUAAAUUAAGGUUUUGUUUAAGACUUAGGCAUUUUUAGUGUCCGGGGAUUCACUUGUAAAGAAGGUGAUAUUUUGCGGACACUACAUUUCAUAGCCAAAAAAAAAAAUGUAAAUACCUUGUAAUACUUAGCUUGAAGUAAUGCAUAUCUUUAAAAUACAACCAUAUUUUAAGCAAAUCCUUGUAUUGCAGGGCAAAUUACUUAUUAAAAUAAUUAAUUUAGAGAACUAACAGUCUUUUGCUCAAAAAAAAACAAACGAUAUUUAAUUAAUUAAACUGUUAAUUGUGUUAAGAGAAGAUGAUGAUUAAUUAAUUUAAACGUAAAACUAUAUCUUGAAAUUGUGUAUAUUCAUAUAUGAGUGUGAACCGAGUUUAAAUGUUAAGUGUGUUGAAACUUGUUUUUAAGUCUAAUGGUACUUAUCAAAUAGUUAAUCGACAUUUAGGAAGUGUCUACUGUUCUGCAAGAAUAUUUUUUUAAUGGUUUCGCUAGUAUCAUAUAUUUCAUUAUAUUUUAUAGAAUUCAAAAAUCAUAGAGGGUCUAAAGACAGCAAAAACUUGCUCUCUAUGGUUUUUAUAGUCUUUUUCUUUGGAGACUUGACUUUAAAGAAUCUGAAGACCUUACAGAUCUAAAGGCUUUGAAGAUUCUAGAGCUGAAAUUUGAACUAGAGGAACAUCAAAAUCCUAAUCUUGACUCUACCAAUUAAAAAAAUAAACUACAGAUCAGGAGCGUAUUACUAUGACUUUGAUUCUUGACUAUUCUAGGCUUGAAGUUACAUUUUUUGACUUUCCAAGGAAUAAAAUUCAACUGGAGCAAUCUUUCAACUGGCUCUUCUAGAGACAAAGAUUCUUCUAUUAAGACUAAAGAAUCUAUUACAGUAGAAUCCCGUUUAUCCGAGCUCUAGAUUAAUCGAGCCAGUCUAAAGACCGAAAAAUCCUGAAUAUCCGAGGUUUGCACGUCCAUAAUCUGUAUUAACAGAAUGUUUUUUUAUGUAUUGACACCCCACUUACAGUCUUUACCUUUACAGGUAGAAGAAAGUGUAAAUACAAAAGUUGUACAGUAUUGGCUGAAUUUUUAGAAAGCAUGGUCAGAAACAAAAUUUGAAUGUCAGAAAUGUAAAAUUUUGCAUGCUUCCAGCUGUUUUCAAAUGGGAUGUCCUAUAUUUCAUUCUAUAUUCUUGAAGAGCACAAUGCCCCGAUUCCAAAAAUAUAUAGUUUGUCUAUAUUUGAUUGAACAGUCUCUCAUAUAUUCAGCUCCAAAAAUUGUACAGGUGAAAGCUAUAGGUAAAAUUUGAGGUACUUGGUUUCUCUGAUAGUAUUUUUAAAAUAAAUAGUAUUUACACCUUUCAUCUACUUGUAAAGAUGAAGGAAGUAGGUGGAGUGUCAAUAUAUAUAUAAAAAAACACCUUGUACUUGAAUAAUAACUUAUUAUAUAAAGUCAGAAUUUCUGAGAUUAUCCACUUUUUGUCAAUUUGCCAAUUGACAGGAUUUAGUAAUGUUACUUUACCAAACUAGUAAUAUAAUGUGACAAGUUAUUCAAGUGCAAACGAGUGAAUUGCUGCGGAACUUAUGGGUAGACCUCUGCGGGACGAGCGUAGCGAGUUCCGCAGCUAUCUAUUCAUCAAUAUGUUGUUUAAUUAUGAUACUAACCUGACUCACUCAAAUGUGAGUUAUUCUCGUUAGUUUAAAAACUACACGUUUCAGGUGAAUGUCUUACUUGAACAGUUCAACAGUAUAUUGGUGAAUAGAUGGCUGCGGAACUCUCUAUAUGACUAUAUGAUGAUAAUUAAUUCAAUGCAGUAGAUGUAAGUUUGUGGAUGAUCCAGUUUCUCGUUGACAAAUAAUUGAUUGUUCCUCUCUUGUUCGCAAUAUUUAUAUAUAAUAUUCACCAAGACUUGAAAAUAGUAUAUGACCAAUUGAAGGUAGAAAUAAGGCGCCAAUUCCAAAUCCUCACUGCUCACAAUACUAGAUAGAUAUUAAUUAAUAAUACAUACAAGAUUAACUAGCCAGGAUAAAGUGUGGUAGCUAAUUGACAUACAGACGAUAUUACUACAGACAAAAAACUACUGCAACAAAAAUUAAUUCUAGAUUCUUGAGACUCUGAAGCCUUAUAAUGGAAUGAGUAUGUGGAAACUUGUAGAACCAUAGAAAAACUAUUUAAUAAGUAGACACGGCCUUAAAUUAUUCGUGUUAAAUAAUAAUGAAUUAUUAUUAAUCUACGCAAGUGUUUUAUGAAGGUAAUAAUCUCUUUAUAUGACACUUUGUAUAAGUUAGUACAUUAUACAACAGUAUUGACUACUUUAUGGCAAAAAUAAUAGUUAUAUUAUACAUGUCCCUCCUGUUGACUUCCUCGAUCCCCAUUAAAAAAAAAAAUUCCCUGUUUGAUGACUGCACAAAACUGUAGAGAAAUUAGGAUUUUGGAGUUUAUAAUGAAAACGGGUUUGAAAAGUGUUCAUAGAAUAAUUAUUAGUGUAUUUAAAGUUUUGUGUAUUCAUUGAAAAAAAAAAAAUACAUCGAAAGAAACUAAGUUUUGAGUAUCAAAGUGUCGGACACAAUUUUCUUUUGACAUACCUACUUAUCCAAUCUGUCCUUCACUUUAUACAAAUCAAAUUAAAUUCCUCAAUGAAUCAUUUAAAGAUAAUUUUCUCUUGCUAUCUUUGAAUGAUGAUUUUAAGCUAAUUUAUUAAAUAAGUGUUGGGUUGUCUAAAAAAAUAAAUAUUCUAUAAAAUAUACUUAUUAGUAGGAGUAAAUUGUUAUAAUACAACACACGGAGACCUGGUUUUUAGCUAAAAAAAAUAAUAUUUAAUAAUCUAUUUUAAACAAGAAUUAAAUUAAUUGUAGUGCAUUUGUAUUUGGGAUUUAAUUAAUUAGUAGCAUAAUUAUAAUAGAGAUAGUAUUUGAAGUAUAUAAUAAUAAUAAUUAAUAAUUAAACUAAACCUAUAUUAUAGCCUGAUAUAAAAUUUAAAAAAAAAUGUCUAUUAGAUUUAAAAGGAAAAAAAAAAAAAUGAUGAGGAUACUUAAACGUAAAAAAAAGGUGUACCUUAAUAAUAAUUAUUUAUCAUUAUCGAUGAUAAUGAAAAUAUAAACUAUAAAAUCGUAUAUUGGGUCUCUGAUUUGUCAUCCCUUGAAUUCCUAAUAGUUGGGGAGCUGGCGUCGAAAACAUGCAAGAGUUUUCGGAAGGCUGAUAUUUUCAAAAUAGGUUGUACUUUAAUGGUAGAAUGCCUUUGCACAGUCAGCACUUACAGUUCCGGGACAGCUGGCGCUGGGACUCGCGCAAAGUUGUAAUUUUAAGAAGCAUCUCUAAACUGUUUUCUC